AGCUUCACUCACUUUCUCCAACACAGAGACAAGGACAGCCUUCACUCUAUUAGAGAGGACUUUCAGAAACCUAAAGCCAGAGAGAGAGACCAAGUUUCAGUGAGAGAGAGAGAGUUUGUUGUAAGUUUAGCAAUGGUAGCUGGGAAGGUGAGGGUAGCAAUGGGGUUACAGAAAUCCCCAUCGCCGGCGCGUAGUAGUAAGCCAGAGCCGCCUCCGAAGCCGCCGUCGCCGUCAGUGAGCUCCGGCAAGUCGUCGCAGAAGGCGGUGUUCUCACGCUCCUUUGGCGUGUACUUCCCCCGCUCCUCCGCGCAGGUCCAGCCCAAGCCGCCGGACGUGACGGAGCUGCUCCGACUAGUGGAGGAGCUCCGGGACCGGGAGUCGAGGCUGAAGACGGAGCUUCUGGAGUACAAGCUGCUGAAGGAGUCGGUCGCCAUUGUUCCGGUGCUGGAAAACCAGAUCUUUAACAAGGACGAGGAGAUUGGGAGAGCCACCAGAAAAAUUGAAGUGCUUGAAAGCGAGAACAGGAGGUUGAGGAGUGAAGCGGAGUUGGUUAGGGUGGAGUUGGAGGAAGAGAGGAGGGAGAGCGAGAAGAAAGUGGAGGAAAUGGAGGCGAAAAUCAAAGCUAUCCAGGCGGAGAUUUCGGAGAUGAAGAAGGCGGCGUCGGAAAGCGACGAGCUUUCGUCGUCGCAGAGAUUUCAGGGACUGAUGGAGGUGUCCGUUAGGUCCAAUCUGAUCAAGAACUUGAAGAAGGGAGUGAAAUGUACGGACAUCAGUGCAAGCCUGGAGAAUCAGCAAAGACUGGAACGCUCGGAUUCGAAGAGAGAGGAAGUUGAGAUUGAAAUGCCGAGACACUCCAGGUGUAACUCGGAGGAUUUCGCCGAGCCGACUCUGUCUACUCUCAGAUCUCGAAUCCCUAGGGUUCCGAAACCGCCGCCGAGACCGUCGUCGUCGUCGUCAUCCAACGGUGAAAACAAGGCCUCUACAACAGGAGAGCAAGCCAACAUUCCACCUCCGCCUCCGCCGCCGCGACCGGCUCAGGCGAAUGUGGCACCUCCACCGCCGCCUCCACCGUCACGAUCGGCGCCGCCUCCUCCACCGCCGCCGCCGAAGGGGAGGAAGACGGUGACGGAGAAGGUGAGGCGAGUGCCGGAGGUUGUGGAGUUUUACCACUCUCUGAUGCGGAGGGAUUCUCGGAGAGACUCCGGUACGGGAGCUUCCGACGCACCGGCCACCGCCAAUGCCCGUGACAUGAUCGGAGAGAUCGAGAACCGCUCUGCUCACUUGCUCGCUAUCAAAACGGAUGUAGAAACGCAGGGAGAUUUCAUAAGGUUUUUGAUCAAAGAAGUCGAGAAUGCGGCGUUUACAGACAUUAACGAUGUGGUGCCUUUUGUCAAAUGGCUGGAUGAUGAGCUCUCUUAUUUGGUGGAUGAAAGAGCUGUGCUUAAGCAUUUUGACUGGCCGGAGCAGAAGGCUGACGCUCUGCGUGAGGCUGCAUUCGGGUAUUGCGAUCUCAAGAAGCUUGAAACAGAGGCUUCUUCGUUCCCUGACCAUUCUCGCCAGCCCUGCGGUCCAACCCUUAAAAAGAUGCAGGCUUUGCUUGAAAAAUUGGAGCAUGGUGUUUACAACCUUUCGAGGAUGAGAGAAUCCGCGACGAAAAGAUACAAAGUUUUCCAGAUUCCUACAAAUUGGAUGCUGGAUACUGAGUUUGUAAGCCAGAUCAAGCUGGCAUCCGUAAAAUUGGCAAUGAAGUAUAUGAAGAGAGUCUCUGCGGAGCUUGAAAUAGUAGGUGGUGGCGGCCCAGAAGAAGAAGAGCUGAUAGUUCAAGGCGUUCGAUUUGCCUUCCGUGUGCAUCAGUUUGCUGGUGGUUUCGAUGCAGAAACGAUGAAAGCUUUCCAGGUAUUGAGAGAUAAAGUGAGAUCAUGCCAUGUACAAUGCCAAAACCAGCAACAGCAAAAAUUUGUUUGCAAGUCCACACCAUGCUAAUCUCUGCAGCACUCUCUGCUUCAGAAAUUGCUCUGAGUUUUUGUUGUAAAGAUAGAACAUCCUGUUUGUGAAUACAAUGGCUGCUGCCAUAAUGCAUUCAUAUUCAUUCAUCGGCUCAUCCCCUACUCGGAAAUGUUCCUCAUCGCACCAUUUCAUUACAGAACUACUAACAUGUGUAAUAGCUUGUAACUAUAAGGAAGUAUGCUACAACUUAGGUACUCUCUUAUUAAAAAUCACGCAUAAGAUCAACUGCUCUUUCACCUUUUAUAAUC